AUGUCGUUGGAAGCAGGUGUAGCGGAGGAAGAGGACGCUCCAAUGCUUUGGUUGUUUGUAGGCGGACCCUUGAGUUCCCGUGGUCUGGCCCCCGGGGCCAUGCCAGUAAGCUCUCAGCUCUUCCGUACAUCAGUACUAUAUCUUCCACCAUACUUCUUCGCUUCUUCCGACUUCAGAGGAGACGGGGAGUGCCGUAGACGCACCUAUUUGGCCUGCCAAAUUGACCUCAGGAUGAAUAAUGCGACUGGAUCUGGGAUUGUGGAUUGGAUCCAGAUCGGGUACGAGGAUGCGGCCGUGGCGGUUGUGGCUGUGGUUGUGGACCCAACUACUGCUGUGAUGAUUGUUGUCGUGACUGCUGCUGUGACGACUGUUGUGGUGACUGCUGUGGAUGUGAUUGUGGCAACUACUGCUGCAUUGCUGUUCCAUGUUACCCCGACAAGCCUUGCGGAGGUGCGUGCUACUACAAUACCCGUUGCCGGUAUAAACGAUAUUGUUGUUAACUGGGAGGAGCGAAGGUGA